AAAUAUUAGUAAUAAAUGAAACUUGGCGUAGUAAAGACAUAAGUUUGAAUUUAAUGAACCAAUUUUAUACUUUUUCAUAGUUUGUUUUGAAGAAAUCAUCAGCGAUCAUGGGUACUUUAUCCCCAGCGCAUGUAAAUCAGUUUAUAUUUUCGCGAGAACGUCGUCGAUUUGGACGGCAAUGUGUAUUCUCGGAUCGUAAUGAGCUACUCUUGAGUGUGAAUCCAAGUGCCAAGUUGCGCAUGAAAUACGUUUUGGCCAAUCCGGUGAACAAGUCUACCCAAUUGAGUGAUCAAAGUGCAGCAUCGACCAUUGAGACUGAGAACGUGACAUUCGAUCAACAUGGAAUGAAUCACUUUGAGGGCGGUUGGAAUAUCAAAGAGGUGAAUGUUAACGAUGAAGAAUCGACGAAUCGUUAUCGCAAAAAAGUUGAACGCGAGGAUACCUGGGGCGUUGAGGUGGGGCGUUUGUUGCGGGAUACAAUGUCCAUAGCGCAGCAGAAUAAUGCCAUUAAUAUUUAUCAAAAUCAUUUUGAGGAUCUGCCCGAAGAAUUGGGAUCGGGCAUUAAAAUGGAAAUAUCGGGACGAACUAUUAAUAUAUUUCGCGACCUGUGGCGGCCCCAAAGACAUUUGACAAUGUGCGAAUGGAUGCCGAGCAAUCCAACAGAGUUUCUGGCCGUAUACUCCAAUUUGAAGCGUUUAAAGAAAUCGUACAAACGUUUGAUUAAUCGUAUGCCUGAUUUUGGCAAUGACAAUUCAUUUUAUAUAUGGGAUAUUUAUGAUCCAAUCAAACCAUUGGCUUUUUUUGAAAACAGAGGGGUCGUUUCAUUUGCCAAGCUGUGUAUAAAGGAUGAGAAUGCAUUAAUUGGUGGUUUGUAUUCGGGCAAAGUUUGUCUAUGGAAUAUUGCCGAUUAUGGUUCACCCAAACGAAGUUGUCCGCUAGAGGUAGCACAUCGUGAGGUCACCUCGGCUCUUUGUUGGGUCCAUUCGAAAUCCAACACUGAAUUCUAUUCUGGAUCACUAGAUGGUUCGGUCAAGUAUUGGGAUACUCGCGAUCUGAAGAUGCCAACACAGGAACUGCUGCUCGAACCGAAUACCUCUGAUAUACAGGAUCGUCAGAACUCUCAUGGUGUUACCGUCUUGGAGUUUGAGUAUACCAUACCUGUGCGCUAUAUAGUGGGCAGUGAUAUGGGAUAUGUGUUUGUUGGUAAUCGCAAAGGUGUGACCCCAUCCGAAACACUUCUCAGUCAGUAUCAGUUAUUUGCCGGUCCCAUUCGUAGCAUUGUGCGUAAUCCAUUCUUUGUGAAGAAUUUUUUAGUUAUUGGCGAUUGGCGGGCACGCAUCUGGUCCGAGGAGUAUAAAAACUCGCCCACUACUAUGUAUAUAAAGAGGCAGAAUCAGUUGACUUGCGGUACCUGGAGCACUGGACGCUGUUCUCUGUUCGUAACUGGCGAUAGUGUUGGAAAUUUGGAGUUUUGGGAUCUUUUAAUGAGUCAUCGCACUCCCAUUCUGUCCAUACCAUUACGACAACGUAUUACCCAUAUUGCUUUCCAUCCGGAUGCGGAAUACCUUACAGUCGGCUUGGUCACGGGAGAUAUUCAACUGAUGAGACUAGACGAAGGCAUGCUAACAGCAACUAUCAAGGAGAAGGCAUUGAUUGCAGCACUUUUCGAGCGAGAGAUCUCACGGGGCAAGCUAUUGGAGUCCCGCGAGGAGGAGAUUAAGCUGAAGCAACGCAACACUGUAUUGCUGGCUGAGGCAGCUGAACGUAAAGCUGAAGAGGAACAAUAUUUGGAAAUGGCACGUGCCUUUUCCCUACAAAUUGAUCCCGAUAAUGCAGAGGACUUUCUAAGGCUAAUAGAACUCGAUGGGGAUUUUCGUAAAGCUUUGGGCGACUUUCAUGAGGCAAUCCAUAGUGUAUCGAAGAAGCGUUCUGAACGACACUUUUCCAAUGAACUGACAGUCUUUGAGGCAGGUUACGAAUCGUUUACGGAAUUGAAGACAGAAUCCAAGCCAGAAAUACAAUUAACCCUGCAAGAGCCAGAGCUUGAGCCGGAACCAGAGACUGUUCCUCCUCCUGAAGCAGAGGUUGUCCCAACCGAAGCAACCGAUAUUGUUGCGCCGCCGGCAGAUCGUUCCACAUUACUAAAGAAUUCUUUUUAAAAUAUUUUAUAGAAAGCAAAUUCAUAUGCAUUAAAAUUUAUAAUACGUUAAUUUAAAAAUAUCUGGAUAAAGCAUUAGGAUACUUGUUUUAA